UUGUAAAAUAUUUGUAAACUUUAACCACAAAAUAAUAAAUUCUGUUUAUACACGCAUUUAAUAUCUCUGUUGUUAUCAUCGUUGGUCUAUUGCCGAAUUUGAUGUAAUAUCUCGAGUAAUAACUUUUUUUGAGUAACAAUCUUGUGUAAUAACUGACAAUUGUGUUUGAAUAAUUAAGUUAUUGUUUAACUAGACUUAUACACAGAUAGAAAUUUAAAAAAUGUUCAACCAAACUACGGCAUUGGGAUCUGGAACUCCAAGUUCUGCAAAUCCUAUGAAAGAUUUCGAAGUUGUCUCUCCUCCAGAUGAUUCAAUAUCAAGCUUAGCAUUCAGCCCAGCGUCAAUCCAACAGAAUUUUUUGGUUGCCGGCUCCUGGGAUUGCAAUGUUAGAUGUUGGGAAGUUGAACAAACUGGCAAAACUGUACCAAAAUCAAUGCAGACAAUGGGUGGCCCUAUUCUAGAUGUUUGUUGGCAUGAUGACGGAACCAAAGUAUUCAUGGCUUCUUGUGACAAAAUGGUAAAAUGUUGGGAUUUAGCUUCCAAUCAGAGUGUUCAAGUAGCAGCUCACGAUGCCCCAGUAAAAACUUGCCAUUGGAUAAAAGGAACUAAUUAUUCUUGUCUUAUGACUGGAUCUUGGGAUAAAACAUUGAAAUUCUGGGAUACGAGAAGUCCUAAUCCGAUGCUGGUUAUCAAUUUACCUGAACGAUGUUAUUGUGCUGAUGUUGAUUAUCCGAUGGCUGUUGUUGGAACUGCGGGACGAGGUCUUAUAAUUUAUCAACUUGAAGGAACACCUCAGGAAUUUAAACGGAUUGAAUCACCACUGAAAUAUCAACAUCGUUGUGUUGCUAUUUUUAAAGACAAGAAAAAAGUUCCUAAUGGAUAUGCACUUGGAAGCGUUGAAGGACGAGUAGCUAUACAGUACGUCAAUCCAGUUAAUCCAAAGGAUAAUUUUACAUUCAAGUGUCAUCGGUCCAAUGGAACACCCAAUGGUUAUCAAGAUAUUUAUGCUGUCAAUGACAUUGCUUUCCAUCCAGUUCAUGGAACUCUUGCGACUGUAGGAAGUGAUGGCACUUUCAGCUUUUGGGACAAGGACGCCAGGACUAAACUCAAACCUUCAGAACCAAUGGAACAGCCAAUUACAUGCUGCUGUUUCAAUCACAAUGGUCAAAUAUUUGCUUAUGCCGUUUCCUAUGAUUGGUCGAAAGGUCAUGAGUUUUAUAAUCCAAUGAAGAAAAAUUAUAUUUUCCUCAGAUCGUGUUAUGAAGAAUUAAAACCACGUUCUACUUCAUAAUUUACUAACUUUAUAUUCAUUCCUUUUCUUGUUUUUUUUUUUUUACUUAAAUGAUCAAGUUGAUAUAAAAAAAAAUAAUGUAAAAAAUUUUGAUAUCCAUGUAAGUACAAUCGAUGCUGUUGUAUGAAAUAAUGAAAUAGAACAGUAUUUUUCCAUAAAAAACAUUUCAUUUUUUUUUUUUUUUUUUUUUGUAUUAUUUAUUUACG